UCCAGAACCCGCUGCCCAGUCUGUAUAAAAGACGGAAACUUUGUUGCUGUGCUCUAACAGUGUUAGCUGGUCAGAUCAACGAAGACGUCCCUUAAACUGACUCUACCGAAGAUGAAGACUGCCGUGGUUGCUUUGUUCGUUUGUCUGGUGGCUGCUGCUUCCCUCGGUCCGGCUGUGGAGGGGCGCAGGUGGCGAGGAGGACUGGUCGACAGGCUGCGGGACUGUCCGAGGUUCUGCCCGGCCGUGUACUCACCUGUCUGCGGCAGCAAUGGCCAGAUCUACAGUAACCUGUGUCACCUCAACAUCGCCAAGUGCCUGACCGGAGACUCUAGCCUUACCGAAGCUUCAUUUUCCCUGUGUGAUCCUGACCACGACUUCCUACUGCGAGACAUAUAACUUCAUGAUGCGUGCGUGACUAUGUACAUAUAUUAAGUAAGGCGGCCGGAGUAUUUUAGAUCCUAGUCCAGGUUUUUAUCAUGUAAAUCAAAGGCGACCUCUGGUUGAGGGUAGUGUAACACAGGGCUGUGAAAACGUGUGACUUAAACGCGCCCGUGUCGAUAGAAGCAGUAGUUGCAGAAGUAUGGAUGUUGCCAUUCAAUCGUAGAGGUCUAAAUGACUACCGACGCUAGGAAAUUAUAAGAUAUACAUAUCGACCUCUGAAGUAGCUAUAGAGGAUCAAUAUAAUCACGACUGAUUUUAAUUUUGCGUCAAAGCUCGAAUCUUUCUUCAUGUACCAACUGUGAUUCAUGUUAAUAAUCCAACAUCGAAUAGUUUUAAUGGCGACGCAGUGUUUUUAGUUUCUUCAUGUCUCAUUUUCACUUUCAACAAGUCACAUUUGUAAAGAGUAUCAGUCAAAUAUUUGUUCCAUAUCAUUUCUUUCCCAUUAUGUACAAGUGACAACGAGGAUUUAAGUUGCAUAAUUUGAGUCUUGGCUUCUUAUUUCAGCGUUUGUUAAAUUUCUGAAUAAAUAACAUCAAUAAAUGGCACGGUCAGA